CUCGUUUAACUCUCUCCUGACGUCACGAGCCUGUUAUCAGCUGGUGGUGGGGGAAAGUGCUUGUAGGAGAAAAAAUUGUUUAAAUGUCAUAGGAAGGAUUUUUUACAUUACGUGCACAUCUCAGCUGAAUUUUCUCAAUUUUCCACCAGUAAUCUCUAUCUUUUGUGAUUGUUUUCGCUGUACUGGUGAUCAUAAAAAACCUCUGCAUUGGGAUUUAUGUUGAGAAAAUGGCAGUAUCUCGAGCAAAAGCAUUUAUGGUGACAUCUUCACGUGCCUUGUCCACUACAUCUUCUGUGUGGCGCGAUGGCAGUGAAUCGUGGAUCAGCAAAUUGUUGGUGAGAAAAAUUGAACCGACAAAGGAGCCACAUAGCCGGAUGCUGAGCGACAAAGAAAUAAUCUAUGCACUUCAUACGCACAAUGUUCGCCCGGAUUCAAUAGCCAAAUACUUGGCCAACUAUAAAACUACUGUUGAGCUCAUAAAUGAGAAAAAGGAUAUUUCUUGCGACCUCAUUGCAUCUUGGACGGUGCAAGUGGGUGAUAUGGAUCAAUGUCUUCAUUUAUGGCGCUACACCGGUGGCUUUGAAGCUAUUGAUCAGGCAAAAGAUAAUUUGUGGCACGAUCCUGAAUACCUCAGGCUAAUGCAGGAGCGUGGAAACUACCUCAGAUCGCGACAUUUGCAAUACUUACUGGCAUUUAGCUAUUGGCCACAAAUCCAAUUGCGCACCGAUGACAAACACAUCUACGAGAUGCGAUCUUAUCGCCUCAAGCCGGGCACAAUGAUCGAAUGGGGCAACAAUUGGGCACGCGCUAUCAACUAUCGACGCAACAAUGACGAACCAUUUGCUGGAUUUUUCUCCCAAAUUGGUCGUCUCUACAAUGUUCACCAUAUUUGGUGCUACAAAUCCCUUCAAGCUCGAAAGGAAACCCGAGAGGCAGCCUGGCGUUCACCUGGCUGGGAUGAAUGUGUUGCAUAUACAGUUCCUCUCAUUCGUGAGAUGCACUGCCGUAUCCUGGCGCCUACAGAAUUCUCACCUACAAAGUAAUCGUAUGCACGGUGAGCUGCAAAAUGCGCAAGAGUGUUUAUAUAUUUUUCUAUGAGAAAUUUUAUACUAAAGUAUGGCCCCCUUUUUGUUCCCAAAAGUGUAUCUUUCCCAUCUUCCCCUAACUCUGUUCUGCAAGUACGCAACAUUAUAUUAGGCAUUAAAAUGCAGCUGUCUGUCUGUCCAAUAAAAUUAAUCUCAUUGAUAUUGUAAAUAUAUUUCUUGAGAUUAUUUACGCAAAAUAAAAAUUGUAAAUAGAAAAAUUA